CUGCACCACACCCCACAGACGUUCAAAACAGUGAGCAACUUGGGAUGGGCUUUACCUUUAAACAUAUUCCUUCUUCUACAGUUUCUUUUGCGUGCAGUUCGAACAGAGAGACUGAACACCUUCUACUUAAAACUGGAUUACACAGCCUAUUCAUUGCAAGCCCAGGAUUAUUGCUGAACUGCUGAACUGUUGAACUGCUUUACAAAAAUAGAAUAAUUACAGCUAUGGCUGCAGUAACUUCCCUGGUAGUGCUGGAGUGCGACACUGCCCCAGGACAGGAAGACAGUCUCUAUUACAGCCCCUUGUCCUAUAUCAGAGAGGAGACUAACUACAUUAGAAAGAUCCGCUCUGCACUGGAAAAAAUACAAGUUUUUGAAGAUGAAAGGGAAGGGUGUAAAGGAUGGAAAAGUGGACCAAAGACUCAUUGCCUGAGAGAUGUCCCAGCUAAUUGGAACAGUCUUUCCACUCGACACCAUCAAGUACUUGAAGAUCUCAAAGUCAAAGAAAUGCAGCUCUCCCAUAUUCUUAUGGAGAACCAGGAGCUUGAGAUUAAGCUCGAAGCAUCCCGGGAGGCAGGAGCAGAGGCCUUAAGAGAUACUACAAGAAGGCUGUUUGACACCUACCAGUCUCGCGCAGAAGAGAUGAGGGAGAGACACAUCCAGGAGAAGCAGACAUUGCAGGGUUGGGCUUUAGAUCUGGAGCAGAAUUUAAGAAGAAGCCUGGAGAAUCUCCACAAUUUGGAACGAAACCUUCAGGAAAAGGAAGAGAGAAUCUCAGAGAUAGAAAAACUAGUGGGAAGGAUGGAACAGGAGAAGACCGUUUUGUCAAGGAAAAGAGAUUUAAUAGAACAUGAAACCAGAUGGAGGCUGUCACUGAAUCAUAGCCCCAUUCCUGAAGCAGAGAGUUUAAGGAACUGCACUACAGAAGUGAAUACCCUCCAGGAGAAGAUCCAUCACCUAGAUGAUAUGAUCCUUAACCAGAACAGAAAGCUGCGGACUUACAUACAGCAAAUAGAACAGCUGAAAAAGGAGCUCUCGGCACAAGACAAUGCUGUAUGGACUCUUACUGAAAGGCUACACUCCUUGGAAGCAAAGAAUAAAGAACUGAAGUACAGUGUGGAAUUCUGGACCAGUCAGCAACCUAAGAAGGUCUCAGUUGGUGUUUCAGUCACGUAAGAUUAGGCACAACUGUUUUAAACCUUCAGCUCAAUUGAGUAUGGAGGACGCAGAGGUGCCAAUGUGAACAUGCUGACUCAACAAAAUGUGUAUUUUAUUAUGGGAGUUUUCAUUAGUACAUGUUUAAUUUUCAAGACGACAGACUGAAAGGAAACAUUUACCCAACUACACUCAUAUAAAGUAAAGUGUCUUUGCUUCAAGGAGACAGUUUACUAGUGGAGCAUAAUAUUUUUAUGAAGGGGUUUACUUCAUAAAUUAUUUGUUAAUUGUCAUUUAAAUGAUUUCUGGUAAUAGAAUGAUUUGUGUAUUUCAGUAUCACAUAUUAAAAAUGAUCACCAUCUGCUCUAGCUCUUCACUCAAUGUCUGUAAGUUUGCCAGUCCCUUCAUAUGCUAUUGAAACAAAUGGAGGGUGUUUUUUUUGCAAGAGAUGUGCACACAGAUGGUGGGUUCAUAAAAAGCAAUCAUGAAGUUGAUCUUUUGGAAAUAUCAUUUAUUCAACAAUACAAAUAUUUAUAGAACAUGAUGCAUGCCAAGAUGGGCAUUGAAUUGCUCUCAUUCCAGGUAUUAAAUAACUCUAUUCAAAAAAAAGAAUUUAACAAAUUGACUCAACAUAAAGCAGAAUAUAUCAACUGGCAUUACAAGAGGCUAAAGACAUCUUAAAUAAGGGUCAUUCCAUAUAAAAUCACCUGUUGACCUUACCCCUUUUUGAUUGUAACUCACAUUUUCAUGUAUGUUUGCCCAUGGGAAAAACAGAUAGACUGUACCUGAAUGGCCAACCAUUCAAGGUAACAGAGCCGCUGAGAACUGACCCAUUUAAGAUCUCCCACUCUACAAUAAGAUAUUCAUAUUCUCAUCAUUCAUGAACAUAGAAGGGUGAUUUUGAUAUUUAGGGCCUAUUUUCCCAGUUGUCAAACUAUUUUGACCCUCAAAUAUAACAAAACAUGUAAACUCAGAUUUUUACUAUUUUACCUACGUCAUAAUUUAGACCCUAGUUUACAUCUGAAUUUUUUGUGUUCUUCCCAUGCUGGGUUGAGACACAGCAUACACUUGUAUAAAGGAUGUCGGAUCAGGUGCCUCUUCAAGGCAAGUAAAGCCAUGUGACUGUCAGAUUCACUUUUUAACUUGCUCGGUUGCUUUGCAACUAUUUUUCCAGGGGUUUUGUUGCUUGCUUCUCUCUUCUCCUGAACUCAGGGUGCCCAGUAUGUCCUGCCCAUUACUGUGGCUGGCUCCACAGAUGUCAUCACAUCUCCCAAAUCUACAAUGAUAUGAUCAGCUAGGAAAUGGAAAAGCACAUAAUUCCGGAGGUCCCUUUGGGUGCCAUCGGGUUCAUUUCUACCCAUGUUGUCUUGAUAAAACAAACUUUGAUUCGGAGAUCGGCGGAAUGUCAUGAAGAUUCGGUGUAACAGGCAAAGUUUUCGCCUAACUGGACCACAGCCUGAGAAACCUGCUCUGAACAAGCCAUUGCGCAGUCAUCCUAUACGUCUUGCAAAUGAGUCUUGUUUCUCCCAUGAGCAUACAUUUAUGAAAAUCUUUAUUAAAGUCAAAUGGUGUGAGGCCGAAAGCCAGCACUCUUUGAUUUAUUUUAAGUGUAAUGAUCCAAAACUGUAUCUGCUGUGAACAUUUUUACUAUUUACUAUUACUAACUAUUUUAGAAUAGUUGUGGUGGGAGACUGGCACAAAGAGAGGACAACUUUUUGAAUGGGCCUAUCCCUAUCAAGAUGUUUUUAAAGCACACUUAAAAUAUUGGACGUACAACAGAAAUAUAGAAUACUGGAUAUAAACUGCAUUAUAUAUAUACACAUGGAAAAUAAAAAAAAUCGUCCACAGUUUUCCCUUGGAUACAUCACCCUUAUGCCAGUCUACCCUAAAGCUUUCCACAAGGCUAUUUAUCAGUCAUUCCUAUCCUUUCAUAUUUUUAACACUGAAAUAUUUUCUGGCUCAUUUUGAAGCUCCACAUUUUGGAAUGCUGGCACCCUCCCUCAAAGAUAAGGAUGUUCUCUCAGCAAAAUGGCUAAAAUUUUCAAACUGGUUUAUGCAGUAUUGACACUCAUGGUGUAUUGGGGGAAAUGGAGGACACUGGGUAAAGGUAAUCCACCUUAUUUACAGAGAUCUAGCUCCACAGCACUGAGAGAGAGCAGGACACUCAUAAAAGAUAGGCUAGGCUCUCAAGAACUGUGAAUAUAUUUACUGAAGAAAUCAAUGUUUAUGUAAAAGAAAUGUCAGCAGAGACUGAAAACAUCCUGUCUUACGCCAUGUCCAUUAAAUCAGCUAUAUAUCAAAGAAAAAGGAGUGAUCUCUGUGAUGUUAGAAUUUUAGCCACAAGAAAUGAUUUUAUUUCACAAAUCACAAAUUUAUCCUUUCAUCAUACUUGUGUUACAGAUAAUGAUAUCUGCUAACCUUGUACAAAAGAAUGCAAAUAAUUUGAGUUUGGUUGUUGCCAAGCUGAUGGAAUAAUCGCUUACCAUCCUACCUCACAGAGAUAACUGAGAGGUCAUCAGAGACGGCCAUUUGUCUCAAUGAAUCAAUUUUUAAAUCCUUCUCUGCAUAAAUGCGAACCAACACAUUAUUGAUCCAGCUGUCAGAAGGUGGUAUUUCCCCUUCUCAACCUGCUUCAAAUCAAUAGCCUGCAAUAGUUCCAAUAACAGCAGCACAUUGUCUGUUGUCAUGAAGUAUUACCUUAAGAUGUAAGGCUAAUGAUGGCAUGCAUAUAUUCUGGGAGUGACGUGGGUGUGCAUCACAAUGCAAUAUGUUCUUUGAUCCUGCUGGUCAAUAGUGAUUGUGCAUCCACAAGUAUCUAAUACAGGUUACUUGUGAUCAGAGGGAACUGUCUGAAAAUAAAAGUUGUGGUAGUAAUUUGUACAUUUUCUGGGAGAAUUUUUUUUUUUAAUGACCUUGCAUCAGUUUUGCCACAUGAUAUCGGGAUUUGAAGGAACCUUUUGGAGUAAGUGAGGCUUCAGUUGUUACCCAGGAUUUAUACACCUUUUGUGCAAUCAAACUCUGUGAAAAUAAGCAGUCUUGAAACACCUGCAUGUGCUGUAAUGUAGUCUACACGUGCUGCUGAGUGAUACAACCAAGUAGAUCAUGUCAAUGCAAAUAAUUGUAUUUCCAGUAACUUCAUGUCUCCUGUGAAACAGUAUUCAUAAUCACAACUAUAUAAAAAUGCAAAAAAUGUUUCAUAAUAUAGUAAUGUAUGAUUAAAUAAACCAAUCGUCAGCCCUUUAAACAAUUUAGAAAAUAUUUCUAAACAUCUGAUUGUUAUGGGUUUCAGGUGAACUCAGCCCAUGUGUUGUUUUUAACUGUAUAUUGGGUCUCACAGAGGAUGCGGCUAUAAAUUUGGGGAUAACAAUAUCCAAUUACUGUACAAACUAGGGUAAGAAAAGAGAUGAAUAAAGAUCAUAGGAAAUAGCUUUGCUUUGACUUCAGAGUUAUUUGUGUCGUUAUAUAUGUACUCUUAAAAUCAAUUAAAUAAUGAUGACAGAUAAAGAAAUUCACCCUGCAUUGUGUAGAAGUUGUAGUAUUUUUUGGAGGCUGGAAUUGAAAGAUUUAAAACUGGACAUAUCAGAACUGGAAAAGUAGCAUUGGAGCCCAAACAUUGGUAAUAAAUUAUUUUGUUUCAAGCAAUGUAGUUAAAGAAGGGAAGUGGAACUAAGCUGAAUAAUUAUUCUUGUUUAAGAGAAUAUAUAUUGAUAUGCAUAGAGGGUAGUCAGAAGGAUUAUACUUAUUUAAUACUGUUGUUUAAAGGCUUUUUGCAGAAGUGUUUUUUUAAACAGUUUUGAAUGUUUGAAUGAAAACAGAAAACAGUAUUUUUUGACUGGUAUUAUUAGUAUAGUACUGAGGACAGAAGAUUAACAUUAACCAGACUGCAUAUAUGUGUAAAGAGAUUUUUCUUUAGAAGUAUCUGGUUCACAAAAGUGGUAAGUUUUUUUUUUAGUUAAUUCUGCCUUUUUCUAAAUGAUGUAAAGCUUUAACUUCACAAAUGUAUUCUUUGCAUUAGAGGACAUUACAGUUUUAUUCCCAAUACUGACAAGCUUAAUAUGUAUCACCUCAGACUUUUAAUACAACUUAUAAUAAGGAUACCCUUGGACACUUAAUAUAGUUUCCCCUUUAUAUGUGGACCUUUAGGAAUUCUGUACUGUUAGUACCAAGAAUCUUAUUGUUAUACAUCACUGGUAAACAUAGUAUGUUUUUCACAAAGUUUGAUUCUAUCCUAGUAUCGCUAAACUUUCCUUUUCAAAUAUUUACGUUCAAAACAUCCCAAGAAAAACAUUAACAAAAGUUUCAGGAGGAAAAAAUAUGGACUUGUUUUAAAUGUUUUAUUCAGUAACAAAGAAAAAACAAUUGAAUUAUCAACACUUUUUCCAGAAAGUUCAAUACCACAACAAUCUCAUUUAAGAUUUAAUGUUCCUUUCUAAGUUUUCUCACCCUGAAAUGUGGUUUUGGAUGAUUUAAAAUUAUUUACAAGUUUCUACUAAAGUACUUCACGAUUGCUUGCAACAGUCCUAAUUACACCACUGAUAUCCAACUGGAAGUCCAGCAGGCAGAUGGCAGAUACAGUAUAAAGCCUCCUUUUUCCUGAACAACAGUAAAUAAGCAAAAUAAAAAUAAAGUCCACCCAUUGAAGUUUAGUAUUCCAAAAUAGUUCUGUAAAUUAUAAUGCUGUACCCAUAAAUAUAAGCAUUCCACAUUGAGUGAUAACAAUGUGCUAUAAACAAACCCAACUAAAAAAAAA